AUGUCAGAUGGUCACGCAUCGGUAAGCUGGUCUUCUCUACCACGAAAAGACCAGCUAUUCCUACUUUUCAUGAUACGAUUCAGUGAACCAGUCGUCAGGGUUUCUAUCGGAGCGUACAUCUACUACCAACUUAAAUCACUUGAUCCAUCAUUAUCCAGUGCUGAAGUGAUUACACAAUCCGCAUAUCUUCAGACGGCUUAUACUAUUGCGCAAGCUAUCUCAUCUUUGCUAUGGGGCGUGGUAUCGGAUUCUCCCAGAGGGGGAAGGAAGCUAGUUGUGCUAACGAGUUUGUCUGGAUCAUUCAUAAGUUGUGCGCUGUUUGGUUUCAUCACUAGCUUCAAGCAGGCCGUCUUCCUUCGAGUUUUUGAGGGGAUAACCAAUGGGAAUGUCGCUAUGGUGAGAACGAUGGUCUCCGAAGUUGUUCAGGAGAAACGUUUCCAAGCCAGGGCUUUUGCACUAUUACCAAUUGCUACUCGAAUGGCCAUAAUUAUCAGCCCACUCGUGGCAGGUUGGACUGUUCAGCUUGAAACAACAGGCCAAGACGACAGUUUUGUGAGGAGACACCCAUAUGCACUGCCUGCCUUACUGAACGCCGGCUUCUUGCUUCUUCUCCUAAUUGCUGCAUUUCUGUUUCUUGAAGAGACUGACGAAGGGCAGACAUCAAAAUCUCUAAGAGGUCGAUUCGACCCUGGAAUCGCUUUCUCCAAGAACUUGCUGUCAAUAUUCCGCUUGGUUCCAUUCAGAAAGGCAGAUGACGCUCAGUACUCACGUAUAAACUCAGAAGAAGAGGAUGGAGAAGAGAUGGGUUUCUUGAAGGAGACUGACGGGAAUGAUCACUCUGGCGCUUCCACACCCCCAGGGGUUCCCGUUACACCAAGUGAAAAGAACUUGAAGCUCCCUACACGUCGCAUUUUCACCACUAACAUGCUCCUGGUUCUAUUGGCAACUCUUCUUUAUGAACUCCAUCUUAACAGCGUCAGCGUUGCCAUGGCCAAUAUGCUAGUCGAUCCGGUUUCCACCAAAGAAGCCGAACUGUCAAGAGUUCUGCCAUUCCGCUUCGGGGGCGGCGCCGGAUUUAGGCCGAAGUCUCUUGCCUGGUACUCAACUGUGUUUGGUAAGAUCUUAAAUACCUCACUUUGUUCAUUGAUAAUGUGA